CCGGUUCAUAAACCCACAUCCCAAACCCAAAUCACCGCCGGUCUCCAAGAAAUUGUUCCGCGCCGGAAUUAAGCAUCAGGGUCUCCGAGACUUUCUGCGUCAUUCCUGCAGUUCACAGAUACAUACGUAAUUUUAUUGAAGUGGGUGCAUUGUUUUAUGAAAUAGCUUUAUGGAGGUGAAAACUGAAGGCGGAGAAGCAGAAGCAAGGGUGGUCACCCUUUUGAUACGACACCUUCCUGAGGCUAUACCCCAUGAAACCCUCUCCCGACUCUUCUCCCACUAUAGCGCUAGCUCGUUCCGUCCUUGCGCCGGUGGAAGACUGAGAAACUGUGCGUUUGUGGAUUUCAAAAAUGAAACAUCGGCUUAUCAAGCACAACGGCAGUUAAAUGGGUUGAGGUUUCUUGGUAAAGUCUUAGCAGUGGAGAGAGCUAAUAAGCCAAAUGAGGAUAAUAAACAUAAACAAAGUGAAGCUCAAUUGGGGAAGGAUUAUACAGCACUAACUUCUGUGGAAAAGAAGGCCUCUAUGACAGGUGAUCUUGGCAAUGGUUCUAAGUCCAUACCUGCUAGUGAGCCUAUUGCUUCAAGGCUUGGUGUAGAUUAUCCAUUUCCUCCCCACCUGGAGUAUGCUUAUCCUCCUCCAGAUGGAAACAUUCUGACCAACAUUGUAAAUGCUCUCAUUGCUGUUCCUCGCUUUUAUACACAGGUGUUGCAUUUGAUGAACAAAAUGAACAUUCCAGCUCCAUUUCGGAUGGCCCUCCCCACUCCACCACUACCACCUUCAGUGCCUCCACCCAAAUCCCCACCCCCACCUCCCCCUACUGCAACCGCAAAUCCUCAUUUGGCAGAUCUAUCCAGUAGUGAGUCGGAAAUGGAGUCAGAUGAGGAGGUUGAUGACAAAGCCUCUCCUGUUGAAACUCCAGGAGCAGUUAAAUCUAGACGAAAGCGUGCUAGAAAAGAAGCAAUUGUAGGCCCUGCAGUGGAUAAAGAUGUAGCUCAUGAGGCUGUUGGAGUGAAACCUUCUUCCCUUGUCCCAAAAGAAAUUCCUGUUAUAAAAAAGAAGAACCCUGUGUUACAGAUCAAAAUUGCCCCCAAAGUAACUCCGAAUGAACAAAAAGAUGAUAGCAUUAUGAAAGAAUCUGAAGAGCCAGAAAAUGAUGGUUUAGAUCAUAAACCUUAUGCAACUCCAGAAGAAAUAGAGAGUAACAAGCUGGCUCCAGAGGAAAUUCUGUCACUUCCAAAGUUUAAGAAUUAUACAGUUGGGAAUCCUACAUCUGUGUUGUACAUAAAGAACUUGAGCAAGGAUAUGGUUCCCGAUGACUUCUUCUACAUAUUUGGAUCAUUGUUUGGAAGCAAUGAUGCAGCUAAAAUUGGCCUUAAUGUGAAGUUAAUGCAGGAGGGAAGAAUGAGGGGCCAAGCUUUUGUGACAUUUCCAUCAGUUGAACUUGCCCACCAAGCUUUGAAUCUAGUGAAUGGAUACGUGUUCAAAGGUAAGCCAAUGAUCAUACAGUUUGGUCGGAAUCCUUCUGCUGGCAAGGCGAAUUAGGUAAGAGUUGCCUUGAUUGGAGGGAGAUGCUUAUCCCACUUCUUGUGGUACUCAACCAUGUGGCAAUAGUAUUUCUGUUCACGAGGAAUACCAUGCGGCAAUAGUAUUUCUGUUCACGAGGAAUACACACAACAUUAAUCUGCUGGCAAAGACGUAAAGAUUUGUACCCAUGUUCACUUGAUGAGGCAUGCUACCCGAAAGCAUAACAUUUCGUUGUUUGUCGCAAAUAAGGCGUGAACUGGGAGGUGGAAUGAUGGAAUGUUGUGUUCUAGAAACAGAGAAAUAUGUUAAAGAAAUCUGCUAGGUACAAAAUUCAUUUCGAAUAUUGAGAGAUUGGAUUAUAGGUAUUCUUGUGCAUUUUGGCAGACUUUGGUUGAAGUUCUCAGCUAAUGUCAUUCACCUAGAGGCUAAAAUAGAGCUUGAUCUGACGAGUAAUAUGAGAUUGGGCAGUUUCUGUCGUAUAAAGGAACGGAAUUCUUCUUGUUA